AAAAUUGAUGAGCCUGCGACUUCUAAUUAAAUUAAGAGCUGUAUUUAACUGUGAGAUAUAUCGAUAAGAAUGUGCGCAAAUAAAUAGAAGUAAAUGAACAAACAUUAAGUCGCGCUAGUAAUAUUAAAACCAGCUUACAAACAGAUACCUACACCUACAAGUGAUUACAUGUGAUCUUUGAUCUCUCAUCGCUAUGUUCAAGGCAGAAAUGGAAAAUGUGUAAUGGCCGUAUUUUACCACAUAUUUGCACAGAAACACGGCUCCGAAGAAGUACAAAAACUACAAAAAGAAAACUAAUACGAGAUGAACACUUUAAUUCACAGAAAAACAUUGGCAAUUAGCCAGGGCAGAGCAAUUCGACAAUACUGCUGUUUCAAAUUGUGGCAUAAUAUCAAUCAAAUAAAUGGAUCCCCGGCACUUAUUUAUAUGGGUAAAAGGGAUUCAAGAAGUAGUAGAUUAUUUAUAAGCUCUACUAUAACAGAAAACUGCAAUAGUAUUAAUUCACCAUACUUACAACUCCGUACAAUUUAUAUAACACCAACAUGGAAGAGCCAAGAAUCAUCCUCAAAGGUAGAAGAUACUGUGAAGAAUAUCAAGGAACAAAAGGAACAAAAAGACAAAACAGAAACAAGUGUUGUACACAGUACUCAAAAAGCAUUGGCAGAAAAAUCUACCUUAUGGCAAAAAGUGAAAGGGGAAAUAAUACAUUAUUAUCAUGGAUUCAGAUUACUGGGUCUUGAUAUGAAAAUCUCUGCAAAGCUAGUUUGGAGAAUUUUGAAAGGUAAAGAACUCAGUCGAAGAGAACACAGACUGCUUAUAAAAACAACUGGCGAUUUGUUCAGGCUUAUUCCCUUUUCUGUUUUUAUUAUCGUACCCUUUAUGGAAUUCUUACUACCACUUGCUAUUAAACUUUUCCCUGGUUUACUACCAUCUACUUUCCAAACAGCAACAGAAAAAGAAGAUAAAUUAAAGCAAGCGCUGAAGAUUAAAAUCGAAAUGGCUAAGUUUCUACAAAAAACAUUGGAUGAUAUGGCAGUACAAUCGUCGGAUUAUAAAUCAAAAAAAGCUAAAGAGUUUGCAGAAUUUUUCUAUAAAGUACGAACGUCCGGUGCUACAGCCACAAACGAUGAAAUCAUGCAAUUUAGUAAACUUUUCGAGGAUGAAAUCACAUUAGAUUCUCUUUCUCGUCCACAAUUAGUUGCAUUAUGUAGAGUGUUGGAUGUGCAAACACUUGGAACGACAAACUUUUUACGAUUUCUACUUAGAAUGAGGCUCAGAAGUCUUUCAGCGGAUGAUAAGCUAAUCGAAAAAGAAGGUAUAGACAGUCUUACUAGAAGCGAAUUACAACAAGCUUGUAGAGCACGCGCAAUGCGAGCAUAUGGCUUGCCAGAAAGUAAAUUGAGGGAGCAGUUGGCUCAAUGGUUAGAUUUAAGUUUAAAUAAGAAGGUUCCGCCGUCGUUAUUGCUUCUUUCUCGAGCACUUAUGGUCCCAGAAACAAUACCCAUGUCAGACAAAUUGAAGGCUACGAUAUCUGCUCUUCCUGAUACGGUUGUCGCACGUACCCAAGGUGCGAUAGGAGAGAAGGAAGGUAAAAUAGACCACAAAACGAAUAUUGAGAUCAUUAAAAUGGAAGAACGCAAAAUUGAAGAGGAGCGGCUGGAACAGAAAGAAAACGAACCACAACCAUCAGUCACUGUGCAAAGCACUCAAACUGAUGAGAUUACGAAUACAGAUGUAAAAGUAUUGGAACAGGCUUUAGAUUCCAUUGGAAAGGACAAUCAGAAAAUGUCUGUGCAGAAGGAGGAGUUAAAAGAGCUCAAAGAAGAGAUGGCCGACUAUCAAGAAGAUUUAAAAGAGCUCUAUGAAAUUAAAGCAGCUGCAAGAGGUCAAGAGGAUAUAGAAGAUAUUAAAGUGUCUAAGGGCGCCAAACGAUUAUUUAAGAAAGUGAACAAGAUGAUAGGAAAGAUGGACGCGGUUUUAGAACAACUUGAAUCUGAAAAACAGGUUAAACAAAAAGCAGGAAGCGCUGAUGUAGAAACAUGUGUUUCUUCAAAAGAAAAGGAAGAGUUGGUUAAAAUAGACGAAUUAAUCACAGCUAUUAAACGCAUUCAAAGUGUUCCUGAUGAUCAUCGAUUGCAACGCAUAGCAGAAAUCUUGGGACAGAUCGAUGACGAUAGAGACGGCUCUAUAAAGAUCGAAGACGUUCUGAAGGUAGUGGAAUUGAUUGGAAAAGAAGAUAUUAAGCUCAGCAAAAAUCAAGUGCAUGAAUUGAUUGAAUUGAUCGAUAAGGAGGAAAUUUUAGAAGUGGAUGAACAAUUGCAAAAAACAUUGCAAAAUGAUUCAACUGAAGCAAAUGAUUCUGAAACGAAAUAUGUUUCCCCAAAAUCUCCAGUUCCUGCUACACCUGUGACGACUGAAAAGGGUUACGGAAAAGAAGAAUUAGACGAAGAUUAUGCUCCACGCUCACCUGAACAGAAAAGAGAAAAGUCAGCUGCAGUUCUUAAAAGUAAUACCACUUCUGAUUCAGUCAGAAAUGCUCCAUUAGCGCCUGGUGUUCCACCAACGACAAAAAAAGCGGAAGGUUCUAAGCACCUAUGAUUACCGCACAAUAAACUAUAAAUUAAUGUACGUAAUUAUUAGUACAACUUCUUCACUGGACACUAAUCGAAAGAGAUACGGCAUUUUCAUCUCUAUAAACAUGAUCGGGAACUAUUUCUUUACCAAAUGAGGUUAUACAGUAAGUACGUUUUUAAAAAGUCCUCGAAGAUAUACAGCUCUAAAUGACUGUACAGAAUAAAUAAUUGCAAUAGUUCCAUGUGUGUAUUAAAGCACUUUGCUUCUACAUACAUGGUCUUUCUUACUUAGAAUUUUGAACUAAAACCGAUAAAUAACAUUAACCUAACUUUUGUAUAGUUAUAUAGUUAAAGCAGAUUUUGAGUUUGUCAUUAAGACUGUGAUGCAUUUAAUGGCAUCAAUGUAUAAUUUGAUCCACGAUUUGCAAGAUAUCUCUGUGCUGGACACGAAAAGACUACCUUGCUUAUAAAUUAUUAACGCUAAAAAUGUUUUUUUUUUUUAAAUUGUACGUGACAUUACUACUAUAAUUGACAUUGGUGGCUGGCUAUGGGAUAUAAUAGUAUUCAGUUUUUUUAAUUCAGUGAAACUCAAUUCCGAAAUAUUGUACUACCAUGAGGAAUCAUUCCAUCUGUCUGAGUAUUGACUGUUGUAACAGAUUUAUAAUACACCGACAAUGAGUGAUCAUUUUUGUUUUGCUUUGAAACUGUUAACAUAUUACCUCUAUGCUUGAGGUUGAGAAGAGAUAUAAUGUACAUUUAUAGAUAAAGUAAUUUUACUAAUUGUAACGUACAUAAACAGAAAAACUGUCCAUUACAUGUAUGUACUGAUUAUAUAAAGAAACAAACAAUUAUAUAAAGCAUGCAACAUUUAAGUAGUAAGUAUCUAAACCUUGCUUAUGAAAAAAAAAUCUCAAAUUGAAUGUUAAUUAAAUAUUAAUGGCAAUUGAAAGUAAAAUAUUUAUUAUAAUUGAAAAUCGUAAAUAUUGUUUGAAUUUAUAAUGUAUAAUUGCUAUAAUAAUUAAACAUUAAACUGGGGUAAGAAGAUUAAAUUGAUUAUGCCUGUGUAGUAAUGUGCAGACAUAUAUUUGCACAAAAUUACAACACAAUUACGAUGUAUUAUUAUACAAAUAUUAUAUCUAUUUCGGGGGAAUACGCGAAUAAUAAUAGUGUCCGGGGUAACAUUUACUUUUUUACUUUUGUGCAUUAAAGUGCCUGUCUAUGUAAUAAACUAUUUAUGUAAAAAAUAUAGUUUAUUCGAAAUAUUUUUUCUAAUUUAAAUGUACGAUUAUUUUUAUUAAAGAUAUUCACGUACA